AUGGGCGGUGGUCCCCUGGCUGAUAGAGGUCUGCAUCUGGGGCUGCGUCGAGCUCUCUCUCUGAUCACCAGCCUUACCCAGGUAGGGUCAUGAAGUAAAGUCAUGAAGUGCAGGUCUGAGUUAUGAUUGGCUUGCUGCUUCCUCAUCCCGCCUCUCUCUCCCCCAGGUAGCCAAUCUGAUCAACUUCCUGGUGUUCCUGAGGAAGGGGCGCCACCCGUCUCUGACAGAGAGGAUCCUGGGUAUCCGGGCAGUGUUCAGUAAGCCCCAGGUGGUCCGGGGUGUAGCCUUCCAGUACAUGAACGGAGAACUGCUGUGGUACAGCUUUGCUGAGUUCCUCAUCUUCCUCCUCCUUCUACUCAAUGUGAGGAAGAUCAAGUCAACCAUGGAGGUGGUGAGGGAGGGGAGGAGGGGGUGA